CUUGGAGAGAUGCCCAUAUAUAGUAACACAGAAGUCAUGAGUGCUAUGGAUUUUUCGGUGUUGGAAAUAAUGGAAAUUAUUUUCACAUAGCCUUUAUAUAAUUAGUAGAACUGAGCAUGAAUGUUUGUGGUGUCACUGGAGGUGUUUUUCACAGCAGAGAGGUUAGGUCUCUGAUAAUAACAAACCUUCAUUGGGAGGAGAAACAGAAGUGUCUGGAAGGAGUUUUCUGAUCUGCAAGCAGUGAGUACAGAAAAAGAUAUGCAAUACCUUAAAAGGUGGAACAAGGAACUGUGCUCCUUUAAACUUCAAGGCAUAUUAAAGAGUGAGAUAUUCAGAAAAAGAGCGAUCAUAUUCGCAUGUAUUUUCAUGUCAUUAAUCUUCGUGGUAAGUCGACAACACGAAUACUUUGUUAUAUUACUCUUUCCUGAUGGUUAUAAAGUGGAAAGCACCUCUACCCUGUUAAGUUCAUCAUUUCCAGCUACAAGGUACCCUCUUGGUUUGGUUUACCCCUAUAAUUAUUCUUUUAUUCUCAAUGAACCAGAAAACUGCAGACAUAAACUUCCAUUUUUACUGCUUCUGAUCUUAUCGCGGCCCAGUGAAGUUAUAAAUCGAUAUAUAAUUCGAAAGACUUGGGGAAAUGAAAGCUUGGUACCAGGAGUUUCCAUUACGAGGUUGUUUUUAGUUGGGGUUCCUCCACAGCUUACAGAUUCUUACCAACAUCAAUUGGAAGAGGAAAGUGCAACAUUUCAUGACAUCAUUCAACAAGACUUUGUGGAUACUUAUGUCAAUCUGACCAUCAAAACAAUGAUGGCAAUGCAGUGGGUGAGCAUGUUUUGCCCAAAUGUGUCUUAUGUCAUGAAAGUCGAUAGUGAUGUUUUCCUAAAUACCAAACACUUAGUCAAGUUCCUUCAUCCUGAAAUGCCACUGAAAACUAACUAUUUUGCUGGUUACAAAGUAUUAAAUGCAAAGCCAGUUCGAAUUAAGAAGCGCAAAUUUUAUGUUCCUUUAGAGCUUUAUGAACUAGACUAUUAUCCUCCAUAUUGCUUAGGGCAAGCGUAUGCAUUCUCAGGAGACCUUGCAAAGAAGAUUUAUAAUAUUGCUCAAACUAUCAGAGCAUUCAACAUGGAGGAUGCAUUUGUGGGGCUUUGUCUAAAGACAUUAGGAAUCAACAUUUCAAAUACGCCACACUACUUGUUUCGAAUAGAGAAAAUCAACUAUGACAAGUGUCUUUUCCAGAAGCUAAUCUUUGUUCACAGAUUUCCAAUAGAUGAGCUUCAACAAGUCUGGCCAGACUUUAUGACAGCCAGUGACACAUGCUCAAAACACAGAACAUAAUUUGUAGAAUGAUAAAUAAUAGAAGAAUACUGAACCAAUGACAUGUUACUGUGUCGCAUAAGCAUCACAGGGCUUUUCUCUAAAGCUAAUCCACAAGAAAUCCACUAGACCGCUGAUAUCCUCUGUACAAAAAGAUUUUAUUCAGAUAAAACGCUUGUUUAAAAACGCUUUUCGUCCUACAGAAUCGUUGGACUUCUUCAGACAAAAGAAAAACGUUUGAUACCAUUCAAAUCACAUUUAAAUAACCUCCGUCAUGUCACUUGGUUUUCUGCCUGUCGGACGAAAAGCGUUUGUAAACAAGCGUUUUAUCUGAAUAAAAUCUUUUUGUACAGAACUCAGCAGUCUAGCGGAUUUCUUGCGCAUUAGUUGGUGUCCGAAUAUCGUGUUUUCUCUAAAGCUGCCCCAGAACGCUGAUGUUUCUAAAUGCCAUUUCAUCUCGAAAAUAUCAAUACAUGAUGGUAUGCAGCACAAAUAAGUUUGUUACAGGAAACCACUGAUACAUUUGUUUAACAAAGUCAACAAAACAAAUACACUUUUUAUGCAAGCAGCAAAUGUCUCUACUGAAAGUUUUAAUUUUAAUUUGCCUCAGUGACCAACAUUUGUUAUUUUUGUAGUACAGACCUAUAGACAUGCCAGUCCAUGAUAGUGUGGAACCUUGUACAGUAACUACAUGGCAGAAAGCCCAAUAUAUAAGUGUCAGACCUUGAUGCUCUUGGUUGUUUAGCAACUUAAAAAAGAUGAAAACAUGCUGUUGAGAAAUUGUUUUAAGUGCUUUACUAUCUAAUCAAUUAACAAAUGACUUAGUUUAUGAAAAAAACAAAACAAAAAAUUGAAAGAAUAAAAGACCUUUUCUAUUAGUUAGAAUUAUUGUAUCUGUUUUCCACACAAAAGUAUAGAUAGUAAUACUAAAGCCAUAUAUUGUACGUAUGCUAUCCUUCCAAUUUCAGCAUUCUGAGUCCAGGGCAUGGGUGGGCACACAACUAGUUGUUAUCUGGUAGGCAGCAUAAAAAAUAACAUUGUGUAAUAAUGACAUCCACUAGUGUAUAUUCCUUAAUAUUUUGUUCCCUCCCUGUCCUUCCAUCGUGGUUGACUUACCUCCGAUAUUAAUAUGCCUAAUGGCCUCAUGUCGUUCUUCAUCUUGGGGACCCUGGUGGGUGUGCCAGUGUUAUAUACCGAGAUAAAAAAAAAUGUCCUUUUUUAAAUCCCUGAAUUAGUUAAAAGUCCAUUAUUAUUAUUUCUGUAGUCCAUCACUCCAUCAAUGACACUGGAGAUAGACAGCUCUUAGUAUCAUUGUCCUAAUCUUAAGAAGUGACCAUAGUCCUAAAAGUAGUCCGUUCUUGAAAUGCACCCCUCAGCAUAUUUUCCUCUCUACAAAAUCCAUAUAUCAGUUUUGUGCACUCUGUCUGACCCCCUCACAUCAGAACUCUUUUAAAAGUGAAACUUCAUAACCAAAUUUUUUUUUUUUAAUAUAGGCAUAUACUAGCUCACUGACUUAUUAAUAGGGUAAAUAAGCUAUUUUUCCACUGGCAGUUUUCAGGCAUGAACCUGACUAUAACUGUAAAACCAAAUGCAAUACUUAGACAGUUUCAAUUAGUUGACCAGCAUAUUCUGGAAAGUGGGCUGAAAGUAGAGAAACUCUGACUGACAUAGGAAGAACAUGAGAACACCUCACACUGUAAUCCAGAGGUCAGAACUGAACCACAGACCCUGGGAGGUAGCAUAUUUAACCAAUGAGACAUCCUAGUGCCUUGAAGUAUUUUACAGGACUUUCAAGAAAUAACUAUUAACAAUCAUUUUUGAGAUGAAAUUUUUAAUGUGGCCAAAAUAUCCACUUUGAAUGUAUUCCUAUAUGGUGUGAGGUUUAUGCUUUCUAAUUAUUAUCUGUCUUUUUAUUAUAUGGUUACUAUGCAGUAUUUAAUUUUUUUAAUUAUCAGUUAUCAUAUUGUGAGGUUUUUGUCUUUUGCAUAUAUUUGUAUUCCUUUUCCCCUCCAUGUUCAUAGAGGGUAAACAGAAUGUAAAUAAAUAAUUAAGUAAAUAAAAUUUUGUGAACAAAGCUAUUGCUAUUAC